GCAAGUCUCGAGCUAGAAAUGCUGACGCGAUUGCAAUUGCAAUGGGUGCUUGCUGCACAUUGGAAAGUGGUAAGGCCGGCGUUUCCAAGCAACCUCGCCCAACGACACCCAAAUCUGCCUGGGGCUUGUGAAGGAAGCUCCAGGGGAAGUUUGGCCUUGGUGUGUGACAAUGAGGCACGAAGAAAGAGUGAUGUGCAGGUAGCGAGUACCACGCUUCAUGAUGCAGCAUGGGAGGGCAACAUCAACAUGGUGAGGAUUUUCUUGAGUAAAGGUCACAGUCCAGAUCUGCCAGAUGAAGAAGGGUCAACUCCCUUGCACUUGGCUUCGGAGGAGGGGCACAUGCAAGUGGUGAAAUGCCUUCUGGAAGGGAAGGCAACCUGCGCUGAUGCAGCUGACAGUGAUGGGAACACCCCCCUGCUGCUGGCUGCGAAGGAAGGGCGGGAUGAGGUCGUGGAAUACUUCUUGACACAAGCCACUCUGCAACGGAGCUGCAUGGUGGAAAGGGGCCGGCUAUAUGCCGUAUAUGUAAUGUCCCUUGCAAGAUCUUACAAUAUGCAUUGUGCAGUACUACAUGACGUGGAAUCGCUGGUGCAGCGGGGGCAGGGUGGCAGCGGCUAUACAACUUGCAUAAGGAAUCAUAGGGUCCCUUUCUGUGUACCUGGUCCGGUGCCCAGCUUGUUGAUCGUUCAUCACACUCUGCAGCCCUGAAGUUGGUUGCACGAAACAUGUCAAGCUCUCCCUGGCACGCCUUGGCCUCAAACUAGUUCAUGAGCCCCAGGGCUCCACUUGUCCCACUUGCCGCGCUCACCCCACCCGCCCCACAGUCGCAACACCGGGGGGCGAGUGGGUUGAGCGAGUCAGGUGGGUCGGGUGGGGUCUUGUGAUUUUGUGCAACAUCAGUUUGAGC